AUGACACAAAAAUAUACAGUCACGAUCAAUGAUCCCACACUUGAUAUGUACAAGAAUCUCAGUGAAAAAUAUGCUACUACGUUAACGUGUCCAUGUUCAAAAAUUUCCAUCGACUAUAAUGACUUUAUAUGGAUAAAUUCAAUUCGAUUUCAUCAAGCAUGUACUAGCGGUGUAAUUGUACCGAUAAUGACUGAUUAUCUUUUUAAAAAUAAUGAAAUCCUAUUAGGUACGCAGUUUAAAUUGUUUGGUGAAUUUUGUCGAUUAGCAAAACAAACAAUCGAUGAUGAGUUGGUAUUAUUCAAUUCGACAAAAUUUAUAACAUCCAAUACAUUGUCAGAAGUUAUGUUAAAUAUUCAAGCUCAAUCUAUUAUAAAUUUCUUUUUAGAUACUACAACGAGUACAUUUGCACGUUCAUUGAAUUUGAUUCGUUCAAUGACACAUGGUAGUCAACUUCUAUCUGGUCUAUUUACAAAUUAUAUCGUCUCUCCCUGGACUACAAUGACUUUUACAUUUAGUACGGAUUACGGUAACUGUCACUGUAAUUUAGAUGCAACUUGCUCUGAAGUUUACGAUAGCUUUACCAGAACAGAUGAUAAUCAAUAUAUUCCGACGAUUUAUUUGCUAGGAACAGUAAAGGGUUGCUUUGUGGUUGAAGCAUUACUAGCGUCAACAUUCGAAUGUUUCUAUGAUCAAACAUGUUUACAAAC